AUGAGCGAGACCGCCUCGGGGCGCGCGUCGCCCACGAUCGGCGACCGGCUCACCGAUGACUUCAACAAGGUCAUCGCGGAGCUGGAGAACGACCCGGCGAUGGCCAAGUUCAAGGAGGAGUACGAGAAGGUCUUCAGCGCGCUGGUCAACUCCAACGACAGCGAGAAGCGGCUGGUCCAGAAGUGCCGCGACCUCAACGCGGAGAUCGUCGCCAACGCGGCGAAGGUCCAGAGCGCGCUGAAACUGGCGGACGAGGACCAGGGAACGAUCGACAAGCUCAAGGGCGAGGUGGAGAAGGCGUGGAAGAUGGUGGACGCGUCCAAGGAGAAGGAGACGCGAGCCAAGGAGAAUGUCCAGGCGCUGAAGAAGGAGGUCGCCGAUCUCUCCAAAGCCGCCGCGCAGGGGGGCAGCGGCGGCGCGAAGCAGCAGGAGCAGCUGAAGGACAUGAUGCGGCAGCGCGAUGAACUCGCGGCGGAGCGCGACGAGCAGGUGAACCAGAUCGUCAUGCUCCGGGAGGAGGUCAUGGAGGUGACGGAGCAGCUCAGAGCGGCGGAGGCGGAAAAGUUGCGAAUGGAGAAUGAGCUGCAGAUCCUGCGCGACGACGCCGCGUCCGCCAGGGCCGCGACGGACAAGGAGACCAAACGCAAGGAGAAGAUGGAGCGCGACAUGAAGGAGCUGAAAGAGCUCCUCGAGGAGAAGACGUACGAGAUCAAGCAGAAGCAGCACUCGCUCAAAGAGGGUGACGAGGCGGUGAAGCGCCUGGAGAAGCUCCUGAAGGACCAGCAGGGCGCCACGUCCAGGGCCCAGAAGGACUACAACGGCCUGAGCGAUAAGCUCACCAAGCUGCAGAGGGACCUCAGCGACGCGGUGCAGAACAACGCAAACCUGGCGCAGAGCAACGCCAACGCGCAGAUUGAGCUCAAGGCGAAGGAUGACGAGAUUAACCUCGCCAAGCUGGAAGCCGGCAGGAUCGACAAGGCCAAGGAUGCCGCGCUGGGAAAACUCAGAGCCGCCGAGGCUGCCAAGGAAGAGGUUGAGAAAAACCGCGACGAUCUUAAGCGCACGAUCGCCGACCUCGAGCGGGACAUCGACGCCAUGCGCAAGCAGGGCGAGCUCGAGAAGAAGAAGCAGGAGGAGCUCAUGCGCGAGAGGGACGUCCUCACCAAGCUCAAGUCGCAGGCGGAUUCCGCCACGCAGAAGCAGGCUGACCUCGUCCGCAUCACCGAGAACAACAAGAAGACGCUGGAGCAGGAGAUCGCCGGGUACCGAUCCGAGGCUUCGAAACAGGCGAAGGCCAUCUUCGGUUUGGAGCAGGAGCGGGAGAAGUUUGCCAACGAGGCGAGCGCCACGACGGCAAAGUUCCUCGAGGCGCUCGAGGAGGUGAAGAUGCGCGAGAUGGCGAUCGUCGACCUGCAGAAGAGCAUCGCGGACGGAAACGCGAAGCUCAAGGCGCAGCAGAGCAUGUACGAGGCUGUUCGCACCGACCGCAACAUGUACAGCAAGAACCUGCUCGAGGCGCAGGAUGAAAUCGCCGAGAUGAAGCGCAAGUUUAAGAUCAUGAACCACCAGAUCGAGCAGCUCAAGGAGGAGAUCUCCACCAAGGACCUCGCCCUGGUCAAGGAGCACUUCGACCACAUGAAGGUGGAGAAGGAGAAGGAGAGCCUCCGAUUCGAGCUCAACAAGGCGGCGAUGAACAUCAAGGAGGCGGAGUCCUCGAUUGAGUCGCAGAAGCUGGAGCUUCAGCGCUUGAAUCAGAUCAUCAACGAGUCCGACGCGGCGAUCGGCAAGCAGGAGAAGGAGCUCGCAGGCGUCGUCAACGAUCGCGACAUCCUCGGCACCCAGCUCAUACGCAGGAACGACGAGCUCGCGCUGCUGUACGAGAAGAUCAAGAUCCAGGCGUCCAUCUUGGCGAAGGGCCAGAUCCAGUACCAGGACAGGCUCAACGAACUCCGGGUGCUGAAGAUCAAGCUCGGGGAUCUGAAGCGCGAGCUCGGCGUGCUGAAGCACUCGGUGGGCUCCAUCGACGUCCUGAAGCGGGAGGUGCACAGACUCGGCAAGGAGCUCCUGCAGGAGCGCACCAAGACCAAGGCGCUCACGGAGGAGCUGGAGAACCCCCUCAACGUGCACCGGUGGAGGAAGCUGGAGGGCAGCGACCCCACCGCGUACGAGAUGAUCCAGAAGAUUCAGGCGUUGCAGAAGCGCCUGAUCGCCAAGACGGAGGAGGUCGUGGAGAAGGACUUGCUCGUGAGGGAGAAGGAGAAGCUGUACAAGGAGCUCAAGGCGAUUCUCGCGAGGCAGCCCGGGCCCGAGGUUGCGGAGCAGGUGAGCGUGUACCAGCGUCAGCUGCGGGAGAAGACGCGGCAGAUGAAGGCGAUGGCGAGCGAGCUCAACAUGUACCAGGCGCAGUCGUCCGAGUACAAGUACGAGGUUGACAAGCUGACGCGAGACUUGGGCGACGUCAAGAAGAAGUACUUUGAUCACAAGCGGAGACAAGAGGCGGAGCUCCGAGGCGCGGAUCGGGAAAACGCCGGCGGGAAGAGGCAGACGGCGCAGGCGACGGCGCGGGGAGGCGCUCGGUUCACCGGCGGCGGCUUCGGUCUCAACUGACGGCGAGGGCGAGGGGCGGACGCGCGGACGUGGACCCGAGAUGAUUCCCUACUCUGAGGAAAGUAUUCUCUGUGAUUGAUACACGACUGCUAACGAACAAAUUAAGCUGA